GCUGGCACUCUCCUCCUGCUGAACGCGCUAGAGAGCAGUGGGACUCCAGUUGGCUGUGUGCGCUCAGACGCACAGACGCAAGCAUCCCACUGGUUGGACUUUUUGCUUCCACCGCUGCUCUGAUCCCCUGUCUUUGUCUCCUGGCGGUCGAGAAGACCACCGGCGCGGAGGCGAGAAUAAAGAAAGAAGUGCUUCUUUUUUUCCCCUUUCCUGCUUAGACUGCCGAGGAGUCCGAGAAACUGUAGAAUCGGGACUUUUUGUUUUUGAAGGGGGAAAUAAUUCCUCGCAUGAGGCGAGCUGGAUCGGUUCUGCACAGCAGAGCGCGCACUGCUACACCGUUUCAAUGGAUCCAAUACAGUGGAAGUACCCUGGGAAUUAAACUGCUGUUAAAUCGCCUUUAAUUCGCAAAUUAUCAUCCAACGAGUUUUUUGGGGAGUUGUUUGUUUUACGCGCAAAGGAAAACGAUGCUCCUCGCAGUGUUGUAUGUUCUGCUGCCUCUUUUAGAUGUGCUGUCUUACGCGGAGGAGAACCUGCGCGCCAAGACAAGCUGGCUGGACUGCGUGAGGGCCAGCGACCAGUGUCUGCAUGAGCAGGCGUGCAGCACCAAGUACCGCACAAUGAGGCAGUGCGUGGCCGGCGGCAGGAAGAGCAACUUCAGCAUGGUGGCCGGCCUGGAGGCCAAGGACGAGUGCCGGAGCGCCAUGGACGCGCUCAAACAGAGCCCGCUGUACAACUGCCGGUGUAAACGGGGCAUGAAGAAAGAGAAGAACUGCCUGCGCAUUUACUGGGGGAUCUACCAGACGUUACAAGGCAAUGAUUUCUUGGAGGAUUCUCCAUAUGAGCCUGUGAACAGCCGCCUGUCUGACAUAUUCCGCCUGGCUCCCAUCAUGGAGGGUGGGGAAUCUUGGAGCAGCUCUGCCACCUCCGCUCCAGACAGGGGGGCUGCCCAGGGCAGGGUAUCCCAGGGCAGAGAGCCUGCUCUGGGCAGAGGGAACCCCUCCUCCACGGAACUUCAGGAUCCCAGUAGAAACAGAAGAGCUCAUCCCAAUUGGGCCAUACUGGGUGAGCCUGCAGUGGCAAGAGAGAACAACUGUUUGAAUGCAGCCAAAGCCUGCAACCUGAACGACACGUGUAAGAAAUACCGCUCGGCCUACAUCAACCCCUGCACCACCCGUGUCUCCACGGCUGAAGUCUGCAACAAGAGGAAGUGCCACAAGGCCCUGCGGCAGUUCUUUGACAAGGUUCCUCCAAAGCACAGCUAUGGCAUGCUGUUCUGCUCAUGCCCGCUCAGUGACCAGACGGCGUGCUCGGAACGAAGGCGUCAGACCAUCGUCCCCGUCUGUUCCUACGAAGAGAAGCAGAAACCCAAUUGUCUGGAACUGCAGGCCACCUGCAAGACCAACUACAUCUGCAGGUCACGACUCGCUGACUUCUUUGUUAACUGCCAGCCAGAGCCUCGCUCACUGUCAGGUUGUCUGAAGGAGAACUACGCAGACUGCCUCCUCUCAUACUCGGGCCUGAUGGGUACUGUGAUGACUCCCAACUACCUGCGCCAGCCCAAAAUCAGCGUGUCUCCCUACUGCGACUGCAGCAACAGCGGCAACAAGAAGGACGAGUGCGACAAGUUCACAGAGUUUUUCACGGACAACAACUGCCUGCGUAACGCCAUCCAGGCCUUUGGCAAUGGGACAGACGUCGGAGUGUGGCAGCCAAUGUCCCCCGUCCAGACCACCACCUCCACCACAACCCCCUACCAAAGAAACCGCAACCCCAACACCAUUGACAACCACAUCAACACUGACCCUGGCAUCUAUCACUUCUGUGGCAGCCUACAGGCUCAGAAGCUGAAGUCGAACUCGACUGUUGAAGGCGUCAUCUGCGUGGACCCUCAGAUAGACGAUCCAAGUGCGUCCAACGCCAUCCUGAGAAACUCAGCGACCUCCAGACGGCCCUCUGGCCUGGCCUCCCUGCUGCCCCCACUGCUCUGGAUGUGGUACUGCAGCCUGCCGACGCCCUCCUUGCUGGGCAACUUGUAGCCUCAACGCUUCACAGCAACAAACUAGAACGGACUGACAAACACAGAUUUGUAUAAAAGAAAAAUAAAAUACAAGAAAUUAUAUCCUUUCUUUUCAGUAAUACCUGUCGUACUUUCAUUUUGUCCUGGAUUCUAUCUCUGUUUUUACUCCUACUUUCACUUUUUUUAAUGAAUUUUUGGAAAGGUUGUUGUCUUUUUUUUUUCUUUUCUUUUCUUUUCUUUUCUUUUCUUUUUUAUAGCAUUACAGCCGUAUGCUACUACAGUGAUCUACUAUACAUGUUAACUCAGUUUUGGCUCAUGCGUUCAUGUGGGGUUAGUUAAAAAAAGGGGGGGGGAUAAAAGCUUCUCACGAGAGCAGAAAUGAGAAAAUAGUCGAGGACUACAUUCCAAUAAACUAUGGAAGGUGGUGGUACACGAAAAUGUAAAUUAACAUCCAUUUUCAGAGUCGUCCGGUCAGUUUUUACCCACGUCUGUUUGUGUGUUGAGGCUAUAGGUGGGAUCUUUCGCAUAAAAAGUCACAGUCGGUUCAGUGACGGCUACAUGUUUAUGACUUGGGCAGCCUUUUAGGUGUUAUUCAGUCUCCUCUGUGGUCUGUGUAUGUUUUGAUGAUGACGUGAUCUGGUACUUGACUUUUAUUUUCAGCUGAAUGAAAGACAAAAAACAAACAAAAAAAAAACUUUGUGGAUGAACGCCAACUUAAAAAGAACUUCUGCGCCCAGGCUCCCUUCACCGUUCACACUGAACACUUGUCGCUGCCGGCAAAAGCACACGUGCAAAGUCCCACAAACACAUAAUGCACAUUUUCACACACUCAGACUAAAACACACACACACACACACACACACACCAGGCUCUCAGCUCCCUCUCUUUCCAGUGUUGCUCAGAGAUCACUGGACAGUACGCUGCUGUGGAUGGCUGAAUCCACUCCGCUCAUUAGUGAUUGUACAUACUCGUAACGGUCCAAGCCAUGUUUGGUGUUUCUUUACGGGAGGAGGGAGAAACAAAGAGAGAAACUGCUGAAGUAUCACCUGACUGAUCUAAUAUUCUUUUUCUUUUUUAAGUCUCGAUGAACUUUACUGCGUUGUGUCCAGGAAAACAUGACCUGAUGUCAAAACCCUGGCUUAUUGUUGCUCAAAGCGUCGUCCUCUGUCAGUUCUUUGUUACGACUUGUUGCCUCAAUUGUGAAACUGUCGCAAGGAAACGGACCGUUUGCCAAACAACUCCUACAUUAGUCACUAUCAAGAUUUGUUUUGCGGCUCAGCGUGCGCCGUUUAUGGCAAAAGAGGAAGAAAAUAUAAUAAAAGUACUGUUUGGAAGAAUUUAGGAAAAAAAGAGUAGGCUCCUCUGUGUAAACGGUAGUGAGAUUUAUCUGCUGUAAUGUCAACAUUGGCCGCUAGCUAAUUAACAAAUGACUGGUUAGAAAAAGCAUGUACAAGUGACUCUGCAUCACAUCUGUAACGUCUGCUAAAUAAUCCUCAUCAGAUGGUAAUGCAGGUAAACGCACUGCUGAUGUUUGUUAAGUUAGAGGCUGGACAUUGAUAAGACUGGACUCUUGUUUUGCUCUUAUAUAACAUAAUAUACAGAAACACCAAUGUGAGAAAAGAGAAAUGUCUUCAAGGACUCAUGUAAUUUGCAUAAGUACCCUCAAACCCAGCAGAGGUCAGGCAGCUCUUAUCAGAAUGAGCCUGGUAAUGGUCUGUUUGGAUUUCAUUAUGGGCCGUUUUUCAACCAAUAACAACUGACAGUUGACAAAUUUCUGCUGUUUACACAGUUAGGGUAGGAAGUCAUGGCUAAUAGUUUCAUCACCAUCUCCAUUUUUUUGUUUUCAAAAGAUUUUUCUCAGUAUUCCCAGUGUGAAGCAUUCUUUAGGAUUUUAAAGCAGCCAUAGUUUGAACUCACUCGUUACCUGGCUUUGUAAUGAAGGCCAGGGAAGGAAUGCUAACGUUAACAGCUCAUGCUACAUGCCUGGAUUUUUGCUUUGUAAAGGAGUAGAAAAAUGACGCCACCCUUCCAACUUCCGAUUUGAUGCUAGCUGCCUUAACAGACGUUGUUUGACCUGCUGAACCACAGACUGUAUAUUAAAAAGUCUGUGUGCUAGCCGAGCCUAGUUGCGGUUGAUAAGCUGUGACCGAACGGUUGCAAAUUGGGACAGGGGUGUAGCAAACAGUCAAUUCCUUCUUUUUCUUUUUUCUUUUUUUUAAAGCAUUUCUGAACUGUAUGUAAACCAUGAAACCAUUUCAUUAGCCUGCUACCAAGGCCUGAUGGGGGCAUCGUGACCACGUUCUGUUUUCGGGAGUAGGAGAACAUCUCUUUACAUCUGUUUCUCAGAGGGAGCUAUACGGUCUGCAGGAACUCUAAGCUUUGAAUUUGACAGACUUCCCUGAGUCACGAUUUCGUGGCUCUGUGGCAUGUUGAGCAGAUUCCUUUCAGCUGUCCAGACACGGCAACACGAGCAUUUCUAACUCGCUGCUUAGGUUCACGUAGCCUCUCACAAUUAAUGUAUAGUAGAAGUUAAAUGUUAUUUACCGAGCAUAAACAUGGUAUAUGCACUGUAUGUACUUGGCUGAAUUGGACAAAUAAAUGUCUGAUGGUAUUCUAUUUCAGAGCAUUGUGAGCUAUUUUGACAUUCAGAUGAGAUGAAUAAGAUGAGUACAUUGAAUAAGUCAGAAUAUUGUUUUUUACAACAACUUAAAUGUAUAUUUCUCCCACUAUGUACAUGAUUAUUGACUAUUAUUACAUCUGAGAAAGAGGAUAUCAAUGUAACUUUACUGUAGUUAAAAAACGACUGUAUUUCCUGAAAGCAUAUUGUUUUGUACCAUAGCCCCAUUUAUGACAUUGCUUAAAUAUAGUGUUGAUUUUUCUUUUUUGGGCUAAGAGUUACACUUAUUUUUCUAUCUUUUACUAAUGUAGUUUUUUGCAGUUUUGAUGAGUUGAAGUGAAUGAGAUGGAACUGCCACAGAUUUGGAUGGUUCAACUUUUUGUACAACCAUUCAGUGACUGUAGUCGUGUUGGUUCUACCGCUAAAGUAGUGACAGCGAUGGAAGCUAGAAUUCGUUGCACGGUGAAAGACAGAGGAAGUAAAUUAAUAUUUUAAAAUGUUUUUGACCGGAGCAGGGAAAUGUGAAUCUGAAUGUGUGCAGUUUGGAUGGAAAAUUAAGAAGAAAUGUUUUAAUUUGCUAAAUAACAAAUGGUGUUUCUCAAAAUUGUGUCUUAAAGUAAUUUUCUAUUUAAGCUUCAUGGGCGGUUCAGUGCAUUGUUUGAGGGCAUCACCUGAGAUGAGAAGACCUCAAAAAUUAGGUCACUUCUUCCUCAAUUAAGCAUCCCACUUUUGGACCAAACUAAAAAAGUAAAGCUGGUAAAUAUGUUCGGUGUCCAUCAACAUCCCCAUCUGUUGCUUAAAAAUAACAGAAAUGGCUUCUUUGGAGGUGCAGCCUCCUGCGGGCUCGCCGGCAUCAUUAACUUCUUCUUAGCUUGUGAAAAUGUAAAAUCUAUUGUACAAAAGUUAUAAUUAAAAACUGUUAAAUCACCCAGA